AUGGCGCAAAACGGUCACCCUCAGAAUCGCGCCUAUAGUCCCUACGCAGUGGACAGCCCGGUAGUUCCACCGAGAGAUUCCAGUUCUUUUAAACCGGGAGUUUAUCAGAAUAAUGCUUACUCAAACUUAGGAUACACGCAAAGCCAAGAAGAUGUCUCCAAACUGAGGCCCAGCUCUACAAAAGGGAACUAUCUAAACCCUACGUACGAAAAUUCCGAACUUUCACAUCAAUAUGAAGACCCUACGCACUUGGUCGCAAGGAGUGCUGCAAGCACAGGACCUCGAAGGAAACGAAAUGAAUUGUACGAACCUACCGAAAUUAACAAAGGCCAAGAAACAAACGAUGAUGUGGUUAGUGAAAGCGUCGCGGGUGGGGACUCGUGGUUAAGUAGACUGAUCUUGUUUUUAAUUCUGAUGGUUUCUUUGACCUCGCUUAUUCUGGUCGCGUUGAUAAUCAUUGGCAAAGUUGGGCCAGUCUGUUCCUCUUGUAACGAAGAAGAAGGUGAGACGAUUUUCCUACUCUUACUAAAGUUCACUUACUUUCUUUCAUGUUAAUUUUUGAAGGCAUUUCAAUCCUGCAUCUUCGCACAAAAAGACACCGCUGUUAUAGUUUUAAUUAAUGUUUGUGCAUUAGUCGGAUAAUUCUAUAUUGUAUCAGUAUGCGGCAUGUCUCGCAAUAAAUCCGUUAAGAAAUAAGUGAAUUAUAUUUGCGAUAGAUCGAAAAACAAAAUUGUGAUUUAUAUUCACUUAUUUCGGCUACUUCAGUCAAAAGUAUCCAGACCACUGGUAAAAGUGCUUUUCUGUUAGUUUUCCAAGUCACUGCCGAGUGCCGACACACAGAAAUUGAAAGUAGUUGCCAACAACAACCACAGGUGCCUUCCCUAAUAGGAAAAUAUUUUCACUCUUUGGAGAUUAUAAGACUUUUUAAGUACCUUUCACAGACAUAUUUAGUAAUUGUAUUCGGCACUGAUGAAAACAUCGGAAACUUUCGAAAUUUGAAAACUGCGCCAUACGUGUCCAAACUCAGUCAUUCUCUCUGUCUUUGUGAGCUUAAUUGAGGCUGUUUGUUCCGAUCCCGCAUAUUAUUUGCCGAUUGUUUGUUUACUUGUGGCAUAACUUAUUAGCUAGGUAAUGGGCAACUCAUCAGAAUCUAUAAUCUCAGAUGAUCACCCGGUAAUAUUUCGCGAGUCCGUUAUAGCUAAAAAUACUUUUUUCUUCUGGAUCAAAGUAAUCUUUGGUAAGAAUAAUUUUCCGUUUUACCCCAUUCAUUUAUUAUGCAUACGUUAUUGUUUCGACUAUUUGAGAGAAAAAGUAUGAAAUUGAGGCAUGCAUAUAAAUGUAUGUGGUUAUAUAGAAAUCUUACCGUUUUUCUAAUAACUCAUUCAACUCUCUUCCAAUACAUGCAUGUAGCUUCUAAAAUGGUGGUUUUAUGACACCUGGAACCGCUUACUCAUUUUAAUUUUCGGGCAGAUAAAGCAAAAGAUUCCGUUUACUAAAAAUGGAAGGAUCCUAAUAAUUGUAAAAAUCGCUUUUAUCCCAUUUUAAGCUUACGAUAAACAAAAAUGCCUGUCUGAUUGGGAGUAUGAGGACGGGUGUGAAUUAUGGCUUUCAGUUCUAACUAUUUAAGGAACGUUUGCAGUUUCUAGAAGUCAGUGUCAUCCAUCUUUUUUUCCGCAACAGCAUUGAUUGAUCUUAAAUUAAUUCAUCUGGAACUAAUUGAAAAAUGUUUUCUCAUGUUAUGGAUAACUAAGAGUAUGCCACCCUACACGCAAUUUUCGUUAUUGUGUUUAAAUAGUUUUUUUCUUGAUCGGUAAAUUUCCAGGGCCAGUUGGCUUGCAACAGACUUACAGGAUUCUCCUGGUCUACAUGUAUAUUAUAACCAAGAGAGGAUAAAGCUUUAUUCUCUCUAGUUAUAACUCAAAUUUUUUAAAAGAAAUAAAAACUUUAAAAAAAUACUCGGAAAAAUAAUCCCCAGUUGAACGAGAUUGAUGUUUGAAAAAGAAUGCCUUAUGAAAAAAUGCUGAAAAUAGCGUUUUCGAGUUUCUGGGAUUUCAGAUUUUUCCCUCGCGACUUCGGCGGUCUCGUCUGAGAGACAAAAGUUUGUCUACGGACCUGGCAGUCAUCAACUCAUCAGAAUUUACAACAUCUUCAUUUGAAGUUAAAUUUUUGUUGUACUAGUUUAUUAUUACAUUUAGGGCUUUUGUUUGGUUAUAAACUUUCACCAGGUUAUAUCGUUAUGAUACACGGAAUCCUUCCAUAACAAUACAUGUAUACCAUUAAAAGACAUGAAAAUCACUAAAUUCAUACACAGGUACCUGUCACACUGUAUCACGGCGAAUAUGUCAUUUUAGACGUUGGGUUUUAUGUCGUAUGCAGAAUGCGCAAAUGAUAAUAUGGAACCUUCUGAAUUUUCUUCGAAGAUUUAUUUGAGGUUUAGCCAGUCGGGUCACUAUAAUAUGUGCUAGCUCUGUCGCAUUCAGUGAGUACAGUUUUUCAGUCAUUCAUAACUGUUUAUGAUUGUUUUAAGAUUCUCAACUUAACCGCUGACCAUUUAUCUGCGUCCAUCAUAACAAACUUUCUCGAAAAGAUAAAUUAAAUACAAGACAAACAAACAAAAAAGACGGAACGAUAUUGCCUUAUUUUAACUAUUUUUUUUUUCAUCGCCAGCAACUUCCGGAUGUUUCAUCUUUGAACAUGUAGAAGCUAAGUCCAUACCCACACACAAGCAGAAGCUAAACUCUUUAUUUUAGUGACUAAGGGAGACAAAGUAUAAACUGGGUUUCAACUCAGGCACAGACUAUCUUAGAGGAGUCAGUACUAUAUACUAUUUAUAUCAUAACAUUAGCCGAUGUAUGUUAGAGGCCGAAUGCAUGUUGCUAAACCGUGUUUCAAGUAGUCAGGAAAAGGAUGAGAAAUCCGAGGUCUUGAGAAUGACACGAGAGCCACAAAAAUGUCACUAUGAGAACGCCUGCUUAAGGCGGAUUAGGAACGUAGCCCAACAAAAGGGAAAAAUUGUUUUUGAUAAGCCUCACUGGUACUUCUUUAGUGCAAAAGCGGCAACAAACAAGAAGUAACUACAACUCUAGCGGCACGUGCACGCUUUAGUUCUGUGAAAUGUACUCGCCCUCCCUGUACAAUCUGUCGACCAUGGAUGAUGACGUAUUACUCAAUUGUGUUGUGUACAUGUAGAGUCCCCGCCAGCCUCUCUCGCGGGAAAACAGUGAUUAGAUCAAGCCAAUCAGCGACUACUGUUUCGGCCGGUAAUAGUCUGACAUCUCCAAUUCAUUCAGUUAUAGGCAUAAGAAAUUCAUGUAUUUUCAGUCGCGCGUAGUAAGUGUCGUAUUGUUUGGGUCGGUAUCCAACUAUCGAAGAUCGCUUACGAAACUUUCACGUGGUGAAAGGAUUUGCCGUGAAUUUCUCAGAAGAGAGAUACGUGAAACAUAAAGACUGGUGAUGUCAAGUUUCGGACAAUUUCCUCAGCGGGAUUUUAGUCCCGUUGAUACGUGUGAUGUUCGUUUCGAGUCACCGCGUUCAUCGCAUACGCGUUUGUUGGCAAAGCCUCAGCGGGAAGUUGAUGAAGAAAAAGGCCAUCAGUACGAGGAUCCUUCGGGUCUCACUGAUCAGGUUCGAGCACUACAGGCAGGAGAAAAAAACCGGCGAAAACGCUUUAAUGACCUUUAUGAACCUCAUGUUCCACUUAAAGAAUUGCGUGUUACAAGGAAAAGAGACAUGUCAGACUCGUCUGAUUAUUGUGACUCCUACUCGAGGGAAUGGUGUUUAAAUCGAUGCGUUUUAUUUUUCGUUCUUCUAACUUCGGUCACAGCUUUGAUAUUAGUGGUUCUUAUGAUGUUGGGCAAGGUUGGGCCGGCUGUUGAAAGAUGUGCGUGUGUGAACACGGAACAAGAAAGCUAUAAUAAAAAAGGUAUUAUAAUCUUUUAUUUACGAAAAGCCACGCGGUCGGCGUUUUACAAAGUACGAUAUACAUGAAUAUUUCAGCUUCGUAAUCCUCAAAAAAAUUUCACUAUAUUAUCGAUUGGUUCGAGUUUUAAACAACGUCUUUCGCGAGUCCGAUCACACCACACCAUGGUUCGACUAUGAAUAAUUAAUACAACGCGUGGACUAGACACUUUGAAUUACAUUGAGCCCUCAGGGUAACCAUAGAAAUUUAAAAAUCAAAUGAUCAGGCAUUCUAUAAGGAUGCUAAACAUUUCACAUUAUUUUAUUUAAGAAACUGUCGAUGAAUAUCAAUAAUUGAUUCCUUAAAUUCUCUAUUAUAACAUACUAUUCUACCUAUAAAUAUCCUAGCCACUAGCAUGUGCACGGCCAUAAUAGAAAGAACGUCAAAAAUGCUUUAAAAUUUUAUUUGAACGUAAACAAAAGACGACAUUUGCAGUUCAAAUAUUUAGACACAUAUUCUUCAUUUAGCGUUUUGUUAGAUUUUCUAACGUACAAUAUGUGACUGAAGUGAAAUCGUAUAUAGGUUCGGAUUUUUAAAACUUUAAACUCUGUUGUCUCGUUUCCUGCUAUAUUAGACUUGCGUAUUGAGGGCCGCGUUAUAUUAUAAAAAGUGCCUGCGUUGUUAGUACCCAAACUGUGCUACCAAGUGAGCACGUUCUAUAUGAAAAAAUAGCAUUUGCGGCGCGGCAAAAAUGCGCCUUGUAUCCUUCCUUUUUGUUAAUGCAAAGAGAGUUUCGUCCACCCUAAUAUAAUGUUUGAACAGUUUAUGCGUAGGUGCUUUAAGAAAGUGGGUGAAUUAAUUAAAGAUCAAAUGGAAAAUUUUAACGAGGAAGCAAGGGAUACUUUGUCUAUACCUAUCCCGGGAGAGUUGCAAUUCUUUAUGCGCAUUUGAUAAUAAUUGUAUGAUAAUUUGCACAAUAUAAAUGAUAAGUAUUAUUACUAUUAUUAUUAUUAUUAUUAUUAUUAUUAUUAUUAUUAUUAUUAAAUUAUUAUUCUACUUUAGCGUACAAAAAAUAGACUUGGUCAUGCAUAUGCGUUGCGAAAUAUUGGGCUAAAGUUCAUUGUGUUUGUCAGUCUUGUCACUGCUGUUUUGUCUGAUCCUGGGCUUCCAAAUCCCAGUUCCUAUGCCCGGAUUGGUGUUUACAAAGACAUUACGAUCUGUCAACUGCGGCUACGUGAUCAACGAAAUCGUCCCUGAAAAACUGUUUAAAAACUUGUUUCGCAGUUAGUCCAAGAAGCCCUGUUUAUAAAAAUCGGGGAAUUAAUUAGGCUAGAGUUGUAGAGGACGUAGGACGUAGGAUCGUGGGAAUUCUUGGUGGAGUGUGUCACCCGGUUUUCCUGUAAAAUCCAUACCCGUUUUCAGACCUGGCAUCUAAGUAAUUAUGUCAUCAUUACUUAGAUUAGAACAGCAACAUAAACGAUUUCUUAGAUUCUAUUUCGAAUUCGCAUAUUUCUCUUUUUUUCUUACUCAUUUGGAAUUGAAACGAUAAAUACGUUCAUUCACUAUUAUUUCAGUAGCCACAGCUCCUUCUGGGCAACAAUUAAGUGGUUCUCAGACUACAGUUAAACCAGGUAGCGUAGUGGUUUCACCGCCUGACGUCUCAUCACUCGAGAACAAAAUCAAUGAACUGAAGGCGAACCUUUCGUGGAUCAAAGCAAUUAUGGUAAGUGUCAAGUUCGUUCACUCUUAGUUUAAAGUAUCUUACGAACCUGUCGACCAAUUACCUUUCUGAAAAUUCCCGAGUUACUUGUUCAUGAUUACCACCACCACCCCCAUCGUCAUCAUCAUCAUCAUCAUCAUCAUCAUCAUCAUCAUCAUCAUCAACACCAUCAUCAACACUAUCAAUCAUCAUCAUCAUCAUCAUCAUCAUCAUCAUCAUCAUCAUCGGGUCAUGUAGCAGCUGCUCGGAAGAGAAGUCACCAAUGAUGCGUUUCCCUGACCCCAACCGAUACUAAAACAAUUGGAAGAAUGACAUGUCAUUGUUUCCUGUGACCAAUUAGGAGAGACCUUACGAGCAGCUCCUACACUACUCUCAUCAUCAUCAUCGUCACCAUCAUCAAUGGGUUCCGGUAAGCUCCUACUCACGAGGCUAUUGGGAAGGAGUCUAAACUCAAAAACGACCAUCUUCGAGAUGAUGCCAAUAUUUUUUGGAACCACUCAAUUUAUCCUUGCAUAUUCUAGUUGCAGACUACUUGUGAAAUGCCGUUCAAUGACUUUAGUAAUCAAUGGAAUUACUUAUGAUUUAAAUCCUACAGAACAACCUGCAGCAAGACAUACAAGGAACCAAAGGGGAUCUAACUAACACAAACAGAGACAUAAAUGGCACAAACGAUAAACUAUUACAAAUACAGAGUGGAACACAGGACUCCAUUGAAAAGGUAAGCGAGUUAUCUUUGACUACAUCCAAAUACGGUGGGUUAAGCUUAAAAAUUAUGACUUAUUUUUAUGAAGUCUUUUGUUAAGAUAUACCUGUACAGAUCUCUUUUUGUUUUAGAUGUAUUGUAUUUAAAAAAAUUAAGUACAAAAACAUCGACACUAAAUGAACUACAUGUUUUCGUUCCACGAAAAUUAGCUUAAGAUCUUUAGACCCCUUCCAGGGAUUCAAGUGCCUAUAACGGUGCUGUGUAACUGUUGUUUUGGAAAUAAUUUUGAGUUUAGCUGUUUUAAGUGUUAAAAACUAGCUGUAAGUAGCGGCAAAGCGCAGUUCAUUUCUGUUGCAUUUGACGUUCUCAUUUUCGUCUCUAUCGUGGCCGCACAGUAAUUGUCACACCUUAUUUUGUAGAUUCAGAAUAUCAGUCAGAGGCUCGAUGCAUCUGUGAGUGCUCUUAAUAUCAGUUUCUUUGGAGAGUUGAGUAAAGUGAAGACAAGUUUUGACUCAAAGGCAAGUGCUUGUAAAAUUAUUUUGGUUUAUCCUGGUCUCCGAUUCCAUGACAUGUAAUCCUGUCUGAAUAUAGUGCACUAUAUUAACUAAAGACAGUCUAAAAAAACCCAGAAGGUUAUUUUACUUUACGUCUACAUUCACAUCUUCAUUAAUUUUCGUCGGUAAGGUAGUUAGACAUCACACCAUAUUUUAUAUUAAUAUAACCGUCAUAUAGGCUUAAUUCAUUAGUAAUUAUUUCGCUGAUACGUCGUUUCGGUUCUAAGCGUAUACGGUAUCCCACAUGCUAAAGCGUGCUAAUGGAAUGUGUUAUUUCAUAAUUCUUCAUAACUUGGAAGUUGAAUUUCAAUAGUUUACCUUAUCUAAUUGAAAAAGAACUACAACGAAGUAGUAGUGUAAACGACAACUUUUAUCCGAUCUUCAGCAGAAUUCAUCCUCUAUUUUCGUUCUCCUGUGGGUAGAUACCAACACUUUGUUGAUUGACUAACUUUGCCGUUACAUAUUUUAUUUUACAGUUAAACAGCACUGCUCAAAACCUCUUAAAAGCUGACAAUUCGCUUCAAACACUUCUUAACACAAUCAACAGUUCUCUGAGCGCUCAGGUAAUUUUUUUGUUGCUUAUUCAAUGUUCACAUUAAUCGUAAACCUUUUGGUAGACAAGAAAUUUCACACUAAUGUUAUGUUAAAUGUUAGCAGAAUAUUUUGCUUUACUGGUGGUAUCUGAUUAAAAUAAAAAAAUGCAUAAUGCAUUUAUCAUGAAUUAAUUUUGUAGGUCCAAAGUAUAAGCAAGUCGCAGGGCCCCACAGGGCCACCAGGCUUUAAUGGAUCAAAAGGUGUCACAGGUCCUCAAGGACCUUUGGGGCUACAGGGAGACCAAGGAAAUCAAGGGGUCAAAGGAGAUCCUGGGGUCAAAGGCGAUCGGGGAUUUAAUGGUACCGACGGUGCUGCCGGGCUAAAAGGUGAUACAGGCCCUCAGGGUGACAAAGGAGAUCUUGGGCCUCCAGGACCGAAAGGAAGUAAAGGAGAAACAGGACCACGGGGAGCACAAGGAGCAGGAAACUUCAGCCAAUGUAGUUAUAAAGAGUAUCAAGGAACUACCGUAACGGUUUCACCUGAUGCAACUGCUGAUGCUGACGUUUCUGAGACAGCGGUUAGUCAUUUUAUUUCUUUUACCAUUUCAAGUACAUUUACCAUUUGCAAAUUGUGUGGCGUUGAAGACUAUGAGUAGUUCCUUAUUUCAUCGGGAAUAAUAGAGCGAUUAAUGAUUUGCAAGCGCGCAUGAAAAAUGACUGUGAAGGCAACAGGCAGAGGGAAGCGCCUCUCUCCUCUCUCGUGCGACGUCUCUCUUUUGUGGGUGGGGAUUUUCACGGGCUGUCGCGUGUUUCGCUUGCUAUUCUAUGCUAUAGGAAAUAAGAAACUACCCUCGCAUACCCUAGUGCUAUGGUGAUUUGCAAUGCUUCCCUCUUGUAGGUCUGAAAAAAUUCCCUUAGCAUAGUUGUUACAUAUAUCCCAAUAACGAAUACUCAAAUGUGAAUGUCAGCAAACAAACUAAAUGACGUAAUCUGACUACAAAAUAAAGCAAGAAAGCAUUUGAUGUUGUCUUAAGUAAUUAAUUUCGGCGCAUGUGUAUCGAAUAAUACCUGACAGUAAGGUUAUAUAUUAUAGUUAUUUGCUCAAUUAUGAAUCCAUUGAAAAUGUUAAAAGUUUGAGGUCACAGCUUAAGUUUUAGUUGUAGUAACAUUCUAAUAUGUAAAUGUGAAAGAAAAGUGCAGACUCGCAGAGAGAGUCACAGUGUUGUACUUAAAGUGAAGUUUAUAUGACGAACAUUAAUUUAUACUGUAAUCAACUCUCGUAAAUUUUGUUGUCAUUAUUAUUAUUAUUAUUAUUAUUAUUGUUUUUGUUGUUGUUGUUGUUUGAAUAAUCACAUUUUAUCAUGUAAUUUUUUUUCUUGAUGUGUAGGGCAAGAAAAUUCUGGGCGUUUCCUGCUCUACAAACAACGCUAAAGAGUACAAUCUACAAAGAGUACAAAAUGGACAACAAUACAAGUAUCUUUGCACUUGCAGGGGUAAAUCAGACUUAUUUCAAGACAGUCCAAUGUGGUGCAAAGUUCACUACUGGGAAUGCCCUCUAACUACAUAGGUACGCAUGUCACAUGCAGCUGUAUCUUCGAUGAAACAGUUUAGUUAGCAUUCCAGGCGUCUUCAGGCUGCAAGUAGGCCCAUGGGGAGACGCACUGGGGGAAGAGAACAAAGAAAAUUACCAUUAUAAGUGGUGUAAGCUCUUUGUUUGUCUUGUCCCAAUGCGUCCCUUGCUAUCCAGCAAUAAGGCGGUCUUGUACCAUGUUAAUGCGCCUACUUCUUUUUGAGAUUGGAUAAACGGACGCAGAGAGAGAGGUAUGAGGGUUUGAGAGACAAAAGAGAGACUGUAUCACUCAAUGAACCUCUUCUUGGAAGCGGGUCAAACCUAGAAAUUUCACUGUUUCGCCGCAGUUUAGAGAUGCUAAGGACGUGCACCAGAAAUAGCUGGCCAGACUAGUCUAGUCGUAAAGAGAAUUCCACUAUCAAUCGGAACUUUCACGCCAGAUCCUGCCUUAUUCUACAAUAAUAUGCACGACAGUCUUAAGCGAAAAACUCUUUAAAAAACCCUCUUUAAUACUUGUCUGGGUGGCCAGUCCUGACCUUUGGAAUGCGCCCUAAAUCUGGUGCACUUGGCAACAUGGUAGAACUGAAAGGGAAAUUCAGAGACUAUUCCCUUUACUGUACAAUUAUUCUCUUUGGUAGUUUCCCUGCGGCUACGGCAUGUAGACACCCAAAAGGUGCCAUAUUUGUACAUAUACUAAUACCUUAUUUUUGCUCUAUGUUACCGUUGUAUAUCCCCGUGGCCCUGUGAAUAGAUUAAUAAGUGCCAUUAUAUUACAAUUAAUUGACUAACCGUCCUCAGGUUAAACCAGUAUACAGUCAAGGUUACCAGAGUUAGAGCCAUAGCAAAAAAGGUAGCCUUAAUAGGUUAAAUUUUGAUUUAAUUUGAGAAUGUACUUUUCCAACCACAUGUCCCGGGGGGGGCACUUGGGUAUUUUUUGGGUGGGUAUGUUCCGCCCCGGACUCCAAAUUGGCACCCCGUUCUAAAAACAAUUUCCCCUAAAAUUGAUACCCCGUGCUAGAAUUCGCCCUAAAACUGAUACCCCGUUCUAGAAAUGGGCCAAUUUUUUAUAUUCCGUUCUAGGGUGCAAAGAGUACAACAGUUUGUUUGUUAACGCAUUGAACCCUAUUUUUAAAAGCCAUCUGUCCUUGAAUAAUUUCAAAUGGCUGCUUACAAAACUGGAGCUUUCGAGCGUUCGAAAUAUCAUACCCCGUUCUAGAAAACGCUUCUAAAAUGGAUACCCCCUUCUAAAACAGGAGCUUCAAAAUCACGACCCCGUUGGGCGGCACAUACCCGUAUAGGUAAUGUAUGGGAGUACCCCCCCCGGGCCACAUGUACAGUGUAUAUGCAUCUGAUAUCACAAAAGCACAAGGUAAACAAGAUGUAUAUUUGAAUAUUUUUAAUGAGAACACGAUUAAAGGUUCUUUUAUAGCUUCAUAGAUUCGUUAAGGGCAUAGAAGCUAGUCACCAAUAUACUGGGCUACUUCUGGCCUCUUGUGUUAUGACUAAUAUCCUCGCUGAAGUAUUCGAAGGAAAAAAUGGUUAUCGCUAGGUGACCCAGGUUGCCUUUGCUAAUUAUAUUUUAUUAUUAUUUUUUAUUGGCGACGAUUGAUGUUUUAAACCUCCAUGCCAGAAUUUUUUCUUUUUAUAGAUUGUAUAUGGAUAAUCCAUAAUAUGUUUUGGAGCAUGGUACUUCUACUUAUUUUGAAUGGUGAAAAGACGAUGUUUUUUAUUUAUUUAUUUUACCUCAAUACGGAAUUGACCAUAGUUUACAUGACUUAAUUCUUAUAAAUCCGCUGUAAUGCCUAGAAAGUCCAGGAACAUAUUUGUUCUUUUGCUUUUGAUAUGACAUUACUUCAGCCUACUCAAUGGUUCAAAAUAUCGGUAAGCGCAAACCCCUUUGAAAAGGUUUCUAUGAAUAAAAUCACAAGUUUUAGCUAUAAAAAUUUGAAAUUUAAUAAGGGCUGACUGACAAAUCUUGUGGAAACUCUUAACCUUUAUCUACUGUUUACAUAGCCUGUUCUUACCACGACUAGAAAUAAUUAAGGUAGCUCUUUGGCUGUCCUUAAUAGAGUACGUAAUAACUGACUUGUUCCUAAAAGGUUAAGAAAUUUGUCCAUUUGGUCAUAUGAACGCAGAAAGCAAAGGCGUGCCUUUAAUUUCUGUACAUAUUUUUUCUUAGUUGAGAAUUUUUUUAUGCUGUCAUUCAUUCGUCAUAUUCAAGUGUAAAGUUAAUGUGAAAUUAACAAACGUUAAAACAAUUGUAAGAAUACGGAAUAUUAUAUAAACACAAUUCUUACCCGAGGUAAGUGGACUGGUUGUUUACACUCUCCCCAGGGGGAAGGGGAGGGGGUACUUCCCUACAGUAAGGGCGGGAGUGUUCGCCAUGAAUUUAUAAUUUCAAAAUAUAAAUUAUAUAUAUGCCAUAAUCUCGCUCUGUGGGCGUGGCCUAAAUUCAUUUUAAGCCUUUAAAGGUACCAAAAGCAGCUGAGAAACAAAUAGUUUAUGCGUUAUUUGGAGUUAAACCUUCAACAGUAGAAUUAAAAGUUAAUUAGUCAUUACCUGAGUUGUCAUUGUCAACAAUCCCUCAGCUUUAUGGUAUGGGCUAAUCGUGUGAAAUUUUGUCCUUCGGCUAUCGCCCUGUCUACCUCAAUCGCUCUUCCCUGUUUGAACCUGUUUAGCUGACAAGGGACUGUCUCACUCUACGAGAAAGGCAACAUUACUUCAUUCCUUGAAAUCAAAGGUCAAUUUAAUAAAGCUUUUACAAGUGUAUAACUUUACAUUCUCAGACUAUCGAACAAUGGCCACACUUAAAAAUUACUCUUGUAAAAGGUUUAUUUAAUGGGGCCCAGACCCCUACUUGAUCUUUUGAGACCGUAACCAAUUCUCAACCUAACGGUGUGUAUAUUUGGUUGGAUUUUCUUGGUCGCCGCCUGUUCGACUGUAACUAGUUGAAAGGAAAAAUCCCCUGUGCUUUUGUCCUCUGUGUCCUUGCCUGCCUAAUUUCUCGUUCGUCACCCUUGUAGGCGGUUUAUUUCCAGACGGCUUACCGUUGAUAAUCUUUUAUAAUUCACACCAGCAAGGAGUUCUCUGUGAGAGGGAACAGUUUAUGAUGACGAUUAUAAUAUUUCUGCCCUUAUUUAAUUUGUUACUGAGCGUCUCCUAAAAAUGUGAGUUUAUGACCAUUACUACAGUGUACCGGCACACCAUGAAUCUCGGUACAACAAAUUAUACUCUACUGACAUUUGUACCACAUAAUGUUUACAAGCUUUGAAAAGAUUUUUUAGAUUUAAGUAAGACGACACGCAUCAUUUUCGUGAUUGUUUUUUAAUAGUUUUUUUCUUGAUCGGUGAAUUGUCAGAGCCAGUUGGCUUGCAACAGCCUAAGGACUUUCCUGGUCUACAUGUAUAUUAUAACCAAGAGAGGAUAAAGCUUUAUUCUGUCUUGUUAUAACUCAAUUUUUUUUUAAAGAAAUAAAUACUUGAAAAAAUACUCAGAAAUGUAAUCCCCAGUUGAACGAGAUUGAUUUUUGAAAAAGUAUACCUUAUCAAAAAAAAUGCUGAAAAUAGCGUUUUCGAGUUUCUGGGAUUUCAAAUUUUUCCGAAGUGGGUGCCACCAGAUCACAAGAGCGGCUCGCGACUUCGGAAGUCUCGUCUGAGCGACAAAAGUUUGUCUACGGACCUGGCAGUCAUCAACUCAUCAGAAUUUACAACAACUUUAUUUGAAGUUAAAUUUUUGUUUUACUAGUUUAUUAUUACAUUUAGGGCUUUUGUUUGGUUAUAAACUUUCACGAGGUUACAUCGUUAUGAUUCACGGAAUCCUUCCAUAACAAUCAGGUAUACCAUUAAAAGACAUGAAAAUCACUAAAUUCAUACACAGGUAUACCUGUCAUACUGUAUCACCGCGAAUAGCUCAUUCUAGACGUUGGGUUUUAUGUCGCUUGCAGAAUGCGUAAAUAAUAAUGUAACCUUUCGAGUUUCUGGGAUUUCAGAUUUUUCCCUCGCGACUUCGGCGGUCUCGUCUGAGAGACAAAAGUUUGUCUACGGACCUGGCAGUCAUCAACUCAUCAGAAUUUACAACAUCUUCAUUUGAAGUUAAAUUUUUGUUGUACUAGUUUAUUAUUACAUUUAGGGCUUUUGUUUGGUUAUAAACUUUCACCAGGUUAUAUCGUUAUGAUACACGGAAUCCUUCCAUAACAAUACAUGUAUACCAUUAAAAGACAUGAAAAUCACUAAAUUCAUACACAGGUACCUGUCACACUGUAUCACGGCGAAUACGUCAUUUUAGACAUUGGGUUUAAUGUCGCAUGCAGAAUGCGCAAAUGAUAAUAUGGAACCUUCUGAAUUUUCUUCGAAGAUUUAUUUGAGGUUUAGCCAGUCGGGUCACUAUAAUAUGUGCCAGUUUUGUCGCAUUCAGUGAGUACAGUUUUUCAGUCAUUCAUAACUGUUUAUGAUUGUUUUUAGAGUCUCAACUUAACCGCUGACCAUUUAUCUGCGUCCAUCAUAACAAACUUUCUCGAAAGGAUAAACUAAGUACAAGACAAACAAACAAAAAAGACGGAACGAUAUUGUCUUAUUUUAACUAUUUUCUGUUCAUCGCCAGCGACCUUGCUGACCUUGGGAUGUUUCAUCUUUGAACAUGUAGAAGCUAAGUCCAUACUCACACACAAGCAGAAGCUAAACUCUUUAUUGUAGUGACUAAGAGAAACAAAGUAUAAACUGGGUUUCAAACAAAGCCUAUCUUAGAGGAGUCAGUACUAUAUGCUAUUUAUAUCAUAACAUUAUCUGAUGUAUGUUAGAGGCCGAAUGCAUGUUGCUAAACAGUGUUUCAAGUAGUCAGAAAAAGGAUGAGAAAUCCGAGGUCUUGAGAAUGACACGAGAGCCACAAAAAUGUGACUAUGAGAACGCCUGCUUAAGGCGGAUUAGGAACUUAGCCCAAGUUAGUUAGCCUGCCAUUUGGCAGACCGGGCAAGUGGAAACGUAGUAGUAUGUUAAUAUAUAAACACUUUGUAGCUUCGUCAGUUUUAAUCCUCUUUCAUUCAUUAGUGAAUCAAUGAUUUCGACACACAAGACACGUCACAAUCGCGCGCAAAAUCGAUACGAAGAUAACGUUCCUCAAGUUAGUUCAUUGAGAAAACCAACAAAGAAAUUGGGCUUUCUCAAUCUUGCGUUUGAAAGUUUAGAACUGGUAGAAAUUCACAAAGGCGCAUUGAGAAAUUCUGAGGCGGCCGUCAGCGUGCCACCCUAUACAACGAUGAAUCCGUUUUAUGGGGAUUCGGAGAUUGGACGCCUACAACAUCACUACGAUGAGCCCUCCCCAUUAGUGCCCUGUAGGAGUGCUUGGACUUCAGAAAGUGCUGGCCCACGGAAAAAAGCCAACAAGUUGUAUGAAACUGCCGAAAUGAAAAAGAAUGCUCAUGAGUCGUGGAAAAAUAGACAAGAUACUAGAAACUUCAUUGUCGGUGAUUCUUGCCUCAGCCGACUUAUCUUGUUUCUGAUUUUGAUGGUUUCUUUGACUUCGCUUGCCCUGGUCGUGUUAGUCAUUCUUGGAGAAUUACCAACGGGAUGUUGUAAGGAGAUACAAGGUGAGAACUUUUCCACUUUAACUCGUAUAGCAAAAGUCUUCACUUAGCAGCCUAUUUGUGUUCGUUUGUGUUUUGCAGGAAGUUUUACUGUUUCCGUUUUCGUUAAGUGAAAAGUGAGACAGAAAGUUAAAUCUGUUUGAACGUUUUCACAUAAUUACUGUCAAAAUGACAUGUUGUUUUUAGAAAGCUAUAAAACGGUGCUCUAUUCUCUAUUUACCAUGAUGCUCGCCAUAAGGGGUUCGAAAGGGAUGAUGAAAACUUUUGAAAAGUUUCCCCAUUGAAGCUACACUCUAUUUUGCUUUUGGUCGUUUCCCGCGCGCGGGAACAGGUUUCAUUGAUUCAAUGGUCACGCGCGUUUCUCGUGCUAACUACGCAACCGGCUGAAUGCGUGCUGUUGAGGGACAACUUAAGGCCAGAAAACAAGUAGUAACAAUAAUUCGACCUACUAACGUGCUUGUCAAAUUUCGCCAACGCGAGACAGUCGCGUGACUUGCUAACUGGAUCUACCGGCCACUCGCGUGACCUUUAAAGGCAUGAUGAUCUUCAAAGUUUGUAUAUUUUUAGCCAGUGUUCUAAACUGAGGAUGAAUUAAAAUUCAAUUGUCCUUGACAUCAAAUGGCUUUCGAGGUAUUUUCCAGAGUUUUGUUGCUAGCUAGGAGAACCAGGUAUAAUCUCAGAGCCUAAUUUGUUGCCAGGCGGUGUAGGACUGAAUGUUACUGUCGAUUUGAGAGAGUAAAAUAUUUAUAUUUCGCAUAUUAAGUAAUAUUUAUACUUCGCAUAACUUUAAGAUCGUGCAAGUCUCGUGCUCGUGGACUCUGAACAUGCACGCUAAUACGCGGCGCCUCCGAGACCGAUCUUCAAUAACCAUUUAACGAGUUUUAACGUCCUUCGUCAUGUGACAUAAUGUGAGUUUAAAUUCGUGCUUAUUUCUCCAUAUUCAGGAUUACGUGUAGCCAUCUGUUCUUUUAGUAUAUUAAAAAUCCAUGUUUGACAGCAGUUUAUGUGACGCAUGUUAAAAAAGAGGCGACUAUACUAGAUGAACAAAAUAUCAUGGCUUUUUCUUAAAAGAACAAUCGAAGACUAAAUUCCUUGGUAUUAUAAAUGUAACAGUUGAUCGAAUCAUGUUAUUACAAUCAAUAUACCUACUCUUGUGUGGUUGAUUGUUAUAAAGUCCAGGAUCAUUUUAGGCUUAUAUCUAACUAAAUUUAAAAUUCUCGAAACUGCAUCAUUUUUACCAUGAAUUCGAUUUCUGCGGAUUAAAUUUUUGCGGGAUAACAAUUUAUAUUUUCGGAAAACCGCACUGAAAAAUCGCAAAAAUUAGGAUCCGCAAAAAUGAAGGCCGCACGAUAUCGGAAAUUCAAGACUUAAAGUUAUGCGCGAUAAAUUAGCAUCUGAAUGCCAUAUUUUGGUACAGGCCCAAAACAAAACAAGUUUAACCCAUGAGCAUCCUGGCCUGUGUCGAUCUGUGUCUUCUCAAUAGGAAAAAUUAAAGGCCAAGCCUGAAUUAAAGAUUUGUUUGAAAAGGAAGUAACAGCAAAAUAAAACUUCGCGUGAUUGUAAAUCGACAAUUUUAUUUUUUUGUAUCGUAGUUUAUGUUUUUGAGUUUUUUUUGAGUUUCUUGAAUCCAGAUGAAUUCUUUCCCGUCUUUUCAAUGGCUAUAUAUCUACGCCAGAAGUACUAUAGUAAACGUUCCUUUUUACAUGCAUUCGAAAUCCAUUCAUUUUCAAAGAGCAUAAGGAUACGUAUUUCCAGUUUUACACAAGAUGUAAAGCACGUGUUCUAAGAUGGAUAAUUUAUUCGGUGUUUAUUCAGUACUCGUAUAUGCUUAUCAUUCUCAGAGCCGGCUAAAAGUAGAAAUCCUCCGGCAGACUAAUCCGUUCGCUUUCGUCUUCCGCUUUCCUGUGGUUGAAUUCUUAAACUAGCAACAUUUUUUUUAAGAGUUGCUUUAUGUCACAUUUAGAACCAAGUUUUGAAGUGUUCGCUCUUGAAGGUUCAUGGAUCAAAACUCUUUUCGGUCCUGCCGGACUGUACAUAAAAUAUAAUUUCACCCCACUCACUGCUGCCGACGGACUGAGCAUAAAAUAUAAUUCACACCCCACUCACUGCUGGCGAUAUUUUAGUCUUUCUAAAAUGAUAGCAUUACGUGUUCAUCGUUGAUAGAAACUUGACAAGGUAAACUUGAAUGUACAAAGACGUGAAUGUGCAGAUCGGCACACCACAUGAAGAACGAGUUUGAAUAUUUACACCGCGUGACAGGUUACGUUCUUCGAUCACUUACGAGAAAUUUCAUUUUCUUUUCAACUAAAGAAACUUUGAGCAGGGGUAUUUGGGUUUAUGAUCGUGCAACCACUGUCUCUGUUUUCAAAUAUACACAAAUUGAUCAGUGUCUUUCUGGAAAAAUCUAGUAUCGAUCUCUUAGGAAUCACCUGUCAAGCAUGGAUGGUGACGUAUUACUCAGUUGUGUUGGGUACACGUAGAGCCCCCGCCAGCCUCUCUCGCGGGAAAACAGUGAUUAGAUCAAGCCAAUCAGCGACUACUGUUUUGGCGGGUAAUAGUCUGACAUCGCCAAUUCAUUCAGUUAUAGGCAUAAGAAAUUCAUGUAUUUUCAGUCGCGCGUAGUAGGUGUUGUAUUGUUUGGGUUAGUAUCCAACUAUCGAAGAUCGCUUACGAAACUUUCACUUGGUGAAAGGAUUUGCCGUGAAUUUCUCAGAAGAGAGAUACGUGAAACAUAAAGACUGGUGAUGUCAAGUUUCGGACGAUAUCCUCAGCGGGAUUUUAGUCCCGUUGAUACGUGUGAUGUUCGUUUCGAGUCACCGCGUUCAUCACAUACGCGUUUGUUGGCAAAGCCUCAUCGGGAAGUUGAUGAAGAAAAAGGCCAUCAGUAUGAGGAUCCUUCGGGUCUCAGUGAUCAGGUUCGAGCACUACAGGCAGGAGAAAAAAACCGGCGAAAACGCUUUAAUGACCUUUAUGAACCUCAUGUUCCACUUAAAGAAUUGCGUGUUACCAGGAAAAGAGACAUGUCAGACUCGUCUGAUUAUUCUGACUCAUACUCGAGGGAAUCGUGUUUGAAUCGAUGCGUUUUAUUUUUCGUUCUUCUAACUUCGGUCACAGCUUUGAUAUUAGUGGUUCUUAUGAUGUUGGGCAAGGUUGGGCCGGCUGUGGAAAGAUGUGCUUGUGUGAACACGGAACAAGGAAGCUAUAAUAAAAAAGGUAUUAUAAUCUUUUAUUCACGAAAAGCCACGCGGUCGGCGUUUUACAAAUACAUGAAUAUUUCAGCUUCGUAAUCCUCAAAAAAUUUUCACUAUAUUAUCGAUUGGUUCGAGUUUUAAACAACGUCUUUCGCGAGUCCGAUCACACCACACCAUGGUUCGACGAUUGAAUAAUUGAUACAACGCGUGGACUAGACACUUUGAAUUACAUUGAGCCCUCAGGGUAACCAUAGAAAUUUAAAAAUCAAAUGAUCAGGCAUUCUAUAAGGAUGCUAAACAUUUCACAUUAUUUUAUUUAAGAAACGGUCGUUGAAUAUAAAUAAUUGAGUCCUUAAAUUCUCUAUUAUAACAUACUAUUCUACCUACUUAUAUCCUAGCCACUAGUAUGAGCACAGCCAUAAUAGAAAGAACGUCAGAUAUGCUUUAAAAUAUUAUUUGAACGUAAACAAAAGACGACAUUUGCAGUUCAAAUAUUUAGACACAUAUUCUUCAUUUGUUUUAGUAUAUAAAGAUGUUUAAUUAACUGAAGUUCUUUACUAUCAAAAACGUUUACACUGGUUUCAAAAGUAGAGAUGAUCUUCUCAUUAGCAUUUUGUUUGAUUUUCUUAAGUACAAUAUAUGACUGGAAUGAAAUCGUACGUUCGGAUUUUAAAAACUUUAAACAUUGUUGUCUUGUUUCCUGCUAUAUUAGACUUGCGUAUUGAGGGCCGCGUUAUUUUAUGAAAAGUGCCUGCGUUGUUAGUACGCAAACUGUGCUACCAAGUGAGCACGUUUUCCGUGAAACAGCAUUUGCGGCGCGGCAAAAAUGCGCAGUGUAUCCUUCCUUUUUGUUAAUACAAAGAGAGUUUCGUCCACCCUAAUAUUGUUUGAUGUCAAAUACGCAUCCACGAAAUUCUUUCACCCACUUAAUUAAUUUCUAGUUUACCUUUUUAAAUUGCUCCUUCUUUCCCUAUGAAACAGAUAUGGAUAGGGCCCUGUCAACGUCAAGAAAUACCUGUAUAAAAGUUCAUUGUGUUUGUCAGUCUUGUCACUGCUGUUUUGUCUGACCGUGGGCUUCCAAAUCCCAGUUCCUACGUCCGUAUUGGUGUUUAUGAAAACCUUACGAUCUACUACAUGAUCAACGAAAUCGUCACUGAAAAACUGUUUGCGCGCCCUUGCAAUCUUGUUUCGCAGUUAGUGCAAGAAGCUCUGUUUAUAAAACUCGUGGAAUAGGCCGUUAUUUUACUUCUACAACCAGAAUCCUUUUCGUUUUUGCUUUCAUAUUUUAAUUUUGUAAUCCCAGUGAGGUUUCAAUAACAAAAGCCCUAAUUUGCACAGGAAAGCAAAGUCCUGAAGGAUUCUGGUCGUAGUAGUAAAAUGACGUCAUCAUGCAAAUGGCUUGUCAAUUUGGCUAGAGUUGUAGAGGAGGUAGACAGGAGACUGCGUCUGAAUUCUAGGUCGGGGUGUGCCGCCCAGUUUUCCUGUAAAAUCCAUAUCCGUUUUCCGACCUGGCAUCUAAACAAGUAUGACAUAAUUAUUUAGAUUAGAACAGCAACAAAAAAAAUUUCUUAGAUUCCAUUUCGCAUAUUUCUCUUUUUUUCACAUUUGGAAUUGAAACGAUAAAUACGUACAUUCACUCCCGUAGUUCUCUACAAAACUAUACCCGAUUCCAAACCAAAAUGGGCAAAGCCUAGAACCCGUUUUCAGACCAAAACGGCGCAAAGACUACACCCUUUGGCUUUGGGGCGGCACAUAGGCUAUAUGGCUUAUAUAAGGGAGUACCACCCGCGGGUCUGAGCUCAGAUAGAUAUUGUAUUGAAAAAUGUGUCCGUUUGCCCUUCACGUUCUCAAGAAAAUUUGAAAUUUGGCCGUUUCACCUCAAGAUUGUACAGGGAAGGGGAAUACACCUUACAGAACUAAUGGGUGCACGUGCCGCUAGAGUCGAUCACGGUUUACUUAUUGUUUGUUGCCGCUUUUGCACUAAAGAAAUACCCGUGAGGGUUACCAAAAAUAACUUUUCCCUUUUGUUGUGGUAAAAAUUGCUUUUUUUUUUGUCGUAACAUUGUUGUCACUGUUUGACUCUACAUGAUCAUAACAUCUGAGAACAUUCUCUUUACAAAUUUUGACGGAACGUUGUGACUACGAUAAUCUCAACAAAACUUCUGUACAGUCGACUCUCUUUUAACGGAAACCGGACACCUUGUUAAAUAGGACACCCAACUUUAGUCCUUGCCAUUCUAUAAGACACUCUUUGUUACUCUUCCAAAGGUGAGAGAGUUGAUUGUUUUGUGCUUUGUUAUUUCAGUAGCCACAGCUCCUUCUGGGCAACAAAUAAGUGGUUCUCAGACUACGGUUCAACCAGGCAAUGUAGUGUUUUCACCGCCUGAUGUCUCAUCACUCGAGAACAAAAUCAUUGAACUGAAGGCGAACCUUUCGUGGAUCAAAGCAUUUAUGGUAAGUGUCAAGUUCGUUCACUCUUAGUUUGAAGUAUCUUGACGAGCCUCUCGACCAAUUACCUUUCUGAAAAUUCCCGAGUCAUCAUAAUCAUGAUCAUCAUCAAUUCAUCAUCAUCAUCAUCAUCAUCAUCAUCAUCAUCAUCAUCAUCAUCAUCAUCAUCAUCAUCAUCAUCAUCACCAUCAUCAUCAUCAUCAUCAUCAUCAUCAUCAUCAUCAUCAUCAUCAUCAUCAUCAUCAUCAUCAUCAUCAUCAUCAUCAUCAUCAUCAUCAUCAUCAUCAUCAUCAUCAUCAUCAUCAUCAUCAUCAUCAUCAUCAUCAUCAUCAUCAUCAUCAUCAUCAUCAUCAUCAUCAUCAUCAUCAUCAUCAUCAUCAUCAUCAUCAUCAUCAUCAUCAUCAUCAUCAUCAUCAUCAUCAUCAUCAUCAUCAUCAUCAUCAUCAUCAUCAUCAUCAUCAUCAUCAUCAUCAUCAUCAUCAUCAUCAUCAUCAUCAUCAUCAUCAUCAUCAUCAUCAUCAUCAUCAUCAUCAUCAUCAUCAUCAUCAUCAUCAUCAUCAUCAUCAUCAUCAUCAUCAUCAUCAUCAUCAUCAUCAUCAUCAUCAUCAUCAUCAUCAUCAUCAUCAUCAUCAUCAUCAUCAUCAUCAUCAUCAUCAUCAUCAUCAUCAUCAUCAUCAUCAUCAUCAUCAUCAUCAUCAUCAUCAUCAUCAUCAUCAUCAUCAUCAUCAUCAUCAUCAUCAUCAUCAUCAUCAUCAUCAUCAUCAUCAUCAUCAUCAUCAUCAUCAUCAUCAUCAUCAUCAUCAUCAUCAUCAUCAUCAUCAUCAUCAUCAUCAUCAUCAUCAUCAUCAUCAUCAUCAUCAUCAUCAUCAUCAUCAUCAUCAUCAUCAUCAUCAUCAUCAUCAUCAUCAUCAUCAUCAUCAUCAUCAUCAUCAUCAUCAUCAUCAUCAUCAUCAUCAUCAUCAUCAUCAUCAUCAUCAUCAUCAUCAUCAUCAUCAUCAUCAUCAUCAUCAUCAUCAUCAUCAUCAUCAUCAUCAUCAUCAUCAUCAUCAUCAUCAUCAUCAUCAUCAUCAUCAUCAUCAUCAUCAUCACCACCACCACCACCACCACCACCACCACCAUCAUCAUCAUCAUCAUCAUCAUCAUCACCACCAUCAUCAUCAUCAUCAUCACCAUCAUCAUCAUCAUCAUCAUCAUCAUCAUCAUCAUUAUCAUCACCAUCAGCAACACCAUCAAUUAUGAUCAUCAUUAUGGGCUCCGGUAAGCUCCUACUCAUGAGGCCAUUGGGAAGGAGUCUUAUCUCAAAAACGACCAUCUUCGAGAUGAUACCAAUAAUUUUUUGGAACCACUCAAUUUAUCCUUGCAUAUUUUAGUUGCAGACUACUUGUGAAAUGCCGUUCAAUGAAUAUUAGUAAUCCGUGGACUUACUUCUUCCUUCUAAAUCUCAUGAUUUAAAUCCAACAGAACAACCUACAUCAAGACAUACAAGGAACCAAAGGUGAUCUAACUGACACAAACAGAGACAUAAAUGGCACAAACGUUAAACUAUUACAAAUACAAGGUGGAACACAGGACUCCAUUAACAUGGUAAGUAAGUUAUCUUUGACUGCAUCCAAAUGCGGUGGGUUAAGCAUAAGAAUUGUGAUUUAUUUUUAUGAAGUCUUUUGUUAAGAUAUACAAUUGUACAGAUCUCUAUGUUUUAGAUGUAUUGCAUUUUAAAAAAAUUAAGUACAAAACCAUCGACAUUAAGUGAACUACAUGUUUUCGUUCCAAGAAAAUUUGCUUAAGACCUUUAGACUCUUUCCAGGGAUUCAAGUGCCUAUGACGGUGCUGUGUGUAACGUUGUUUCGGACAUAAUUUUGAGUUCAACUGUUUUAGAUGUUAAAAACUAGGUGUAAGUAGCGGCAAAGGGCAGUUCAUUUUCGUGGCCGCAUAGUUAUUGUCACACCUUAUUUUAUAGAUUCAGAAUAUCAGUCAGAGGCUUGAUGCAUCUGUGAGUGCUCUUAAUGUCAGUUUCUUUGGAGAGUUGAGUGAAGUGAAGACAAGUUUUGACUCAAAGGCAAGUGCUUGUAAAAUUAUUUUUUUUGUAUCCUGUUGUCCGAUUCCAUGGCAUGUAAACUAUCUGAAUAUAGUACACGAUAUUAACUAAAGACAGUCUAAAAAAUCCAGACGGUUAUUUUACUUUAUGUCUACAUCCACAUCUUCAUUAAUUUUCGUCGGUAAGGUAGUUAGACAUCACACCAUAGGCUUAAUUUAUUAGUAAUUAUUUCAAUGAUACACCGUGUCGGUUCUAAGCGUAUACGGUAUCGCACAUGCUAAAGCGUGCUAAUGGAAUGUGUUAUUUCAUUAUUCUUCAUAACUUGAAAGUUGAUUUUCAAUAGUUUACCUUGCGCGUUUUUCGCCCUAGUGGGGGUGGGGGGGGGGGGUAGUCCCUCAUAAAGGCUAUGUAAAGCACCGUCCACGUAAGCUGAAGAAAACAUUAAAAGGAAAAAACAAUUUUCCCAAAAUGAAAAAAAAUGGCCAGGUUCUCCAAAAAAACAACCCAAAUCCAGAAAGACAGUGCAAAACCAAAACCAUGGUAUAGUGUAUUUAUGUUAUUUUUUUAUUUAUUUUUUUCUUUUAUUUUAUUUUUUAUUGUGUAGUUUUAUUUCAGUCGGUUGAUGGGGGGGUGGUGGGGGGGGGGGGGGGAGGGGGGGGGGGGGGUAGUCCCUUAUAUAGGCUAUGUAAAGGCACGUACACGGUAGCUGGAGUAAACAUUAAAAGGGAAAAACUAUCAUCGCCAAAUGAUGAAGAAGUGGCUAGUUCUUCCAAAAAACAUACCCAAUUCAAGACUAGAGUGCACAAACCAUACCCUAUUUCAGACCAAAAUGGUCGAAACUGAUACCCUAUUUCAUACCAAAACGGCUAAAAAACUAUACCUCUGGCGCGGCACAUACCUAACAGCUUGUCACGCGUUCCGGUCACGCGCCGGGCUCCAGGGCUUCAGGUCUGAAAUGGGUAUCAAAUUUUUGAUCAGGUCUGAAAUUGGGUAGGGGAGAUCACAGAUUUUGGUAUGAAAUAGGGUAAGGGUUUCUUGAAGCGUGCAGCACACCCGCAUCUAAUUUUUCUGGAAGUACGCUGGAAUUUUGGGGCACAAAAGGCAGGUCAUUGUGCCAGGCGUUCCUUGCGGAGACCGUGGAAACUGGGACUAAGAAUCGUUGCAUGAUCAAAGCCACGCACGUUUUGCGAAGAAAGCUUAAUAAAGCUUUCGUGUAUUUAUACACGCAUAUAGCCUGCUACUGGAGAGGUAUUUCUGGUCGUUGCUAACACGCGUACUAAAUAAAUUCAGAAACAAAUAAAAAGUAUCGACGUCGAUGAAGUAGGAAGUAAAAAACCUUUAGGGAGUAAAUCAUGUUUCUUGUGGCAUUAAUCGUCUCCUCGUUUCUCGAUCUAAUCUCCAAGCAGGCGAGACGGAAUUCCACUGUAAGCGUUCUCUUGUUGAAAAAGAACGACAUCUUUUAUCCGAUCUUCCAACCUCGUCCCCAGGGCGCUUUUCCCUGGCCCACCUCAUACAAAGCCAGGGAAAAGCGCCCUGGGGACGAGGUUGCCGAUCUUCAGCAGGAUUCAUGCUCUAUUUUCGCUCUCCUGUGGGUGGAUACCAACACUUUGUUGAUUGACUAACUUUGUCGUUACAUAUUUUAUUUUACAGUUAAAUAGCACUGCUCAAAACCUCUUAAAUGCUGACAAUUCGCUUCAAACACUUCUUAACACAAUCAACAGUUCUCUGAGCGCUCAGGUAAUUUUUUUGUUGCUGGUUCAAUGUUCACAUUAAUCGUAAACCUUUUAAUAGACUAAAAAAUUCACACUCAUGUUAGGAUAAAUGUUACCAGAAUAUUUUGCUUUACUGGUUGUAUCUGAUUAAAAUAAAAAAUGCAUAAUGCAUUUAUCAUGAAUUAAUUUUGUAGGUCCAAAGUAUAAGCAAGUUGCAGGGCCCCACAGGGCCACCAGGUGUUAAUGGAUCAAAAGGUAACAGAGGUCCUGCAGGAUCCUUAGGACCACAGGGAGACCGAGGUGUUCAAGGGGACAAAGGAGAUCCAGGGGUCAAAGGCGAUCGGGGAUUUAAUGGUACCGACGGUGCUGCCGGGCUAAAAGGUGAUACAGGCCCUCAGGGUGACAAAGGAAAUCCUGGGCCUCAAGGACCUCAAGGAAGUAAAGGAGAAAAAGGACCACAGGGAGCUCAAGGAGCAGGAAACUUCAGCCAGUGUAGUUAUAAAGAGAAACAAGGAACUCCGGUUUCACCUGGUAGUUUGGCAAGUGCUGAAGCUGAAGCUUUUGAGACAGCGGUUAGUCAUUUCAUUUUUUUUACCAUUUCAAGUACAUUUAGCAUUUGCAAAUUGUGUAGCGUUGAAGACUAUGAGUUGUUCCUUAUUUCAUCUGGAAUAAUAGAGCGAAUAAUGAUUCGCAAGCGCCCAUGAAAAAUGACUCGGAAGGUAACAGGCAUGGAGAAGUGUCUGUCUUCUCUCUAGACUGCGAGCAGUCUCUCUUUUUCUUCAGAUUUAGUAAGUAGAGUGCACGCGCGCGCGAGCAUUGAGCGGCAAAGCCGCGCGCCUCUCCUGUCUCGAGCCUUCAGUCACGCGCGUGGUCAUUUGCGUGUCUCGGGCGUUUUGCCCGACGGACCAAGAAAAAAGAGAGACAGCUCGUAGUCUAUCUUCUCUCGCGCGCGACGCCUUUCUUUUGUGGGUGGGUAUUUUCACGGGCUGUCGCGUAUUUCGCUCGCUAUGCUACGUCUGAAAAAUUCCCUAAGCAUAGUUGUUACAUAUAUCCCAAUAUCGAAUACUCAAAUGUGAAUGCCAGCAAACAAAACUAAAUGACGUAAUCUUAAUGUUGUCUUAAGUAAUUAAUCUCGGCGCAUGUGUAACGACUAUUACCUGACAAAAACAGCAAGGUUAUAUAUUAUAGCUAUUUGAGUCAAUUAUGAAUUCAUUGAAAAUAUUAAAAGUUUGAGGUCACAGAUUAAGUUUUAGUUGUAGUAGCAUUCUAAUGUGUAUAUGUGAAAGAAAAAGUGCAGACUCACAGGCGGAGUCACAAUGUUGUACUUUAAGUGAAGUUUAUAUGACGCACAUUUUAUAUUGUAAUCAACUCUCGUAAAUUUGUUGUUAUUAUUAUUGUUGUUGUUGUUUGAAUAAUCACAUUUUCUCAUGUACUUUUCUUUCUUGAUGUGUAGGGCAAGAAAAUUCUGGGCGUUUCCUGCUCUACAAACAACGCUAAAGAGUACAAUCUAGAAAGAGUACCAGUUGGACAACAAUACAAGUAUCUUUGCACUUGCAGGGGUAAAUCAUCCUUAUUUCGGGCCAGUUCAAUGUGGUGCAAAGUUCACUACUGGGAAUGCCCUCCAACUACAUAGGUACGCAUGUCACAUGCAGCUGUAUCUUUGAUGAAACAUUUUAGUUAGCAUUCCAGACGUCUUCAGGCUGCAAGUAGUGGCUUGGAUAGACGCAGUGGGAGAAGAGAACAAAAUAAAUUACCACUAUAAGUGGUGUAAGCUCUUUGUUUGUCUUGUCCCAAUGCGUCUCUUGCUAUCCAGCAAUAAGGCGAACUUGUACCAUGUUAAUGGGCCUACUACGUUUUGAGAAUGGAUGAACGGACGCAGAGAGGGACGUAUGAGGGUUUGAGAGACAAAAGAGUGACUGUAUCAGUCAAUGAACCUCUUCUUGGAAGCGGGUCAAACUUAGAAAUGUCACUGUUUCGCCGCAGUUUAGAGAUGCUAAGGACGUGCACCAGAAAUGGCUGGCCAGACUAGUCUAGCCGUAAAGAAAAUUCCACUAUCAAUCAGAACUUUCACGCCAGAUCCUGCCUUAUUCUAUAAUAAUAUGCACGACAGUCUUAAGCGAAAAACUCUUAAAAAAACCCUCUUUAAUACUUGUCUGGGUGGCCAGUCCUGACCUUUGGAAUGCGCCCUAAAUCUGGCAACAUUGUAGAACUGAAAGGGAAAUUCAGACACUAUUCCCUUUACUCUACAAUUAUUCACUUUGGUAGUUUCCCUAUGGCUACGGCAUGUAGACACUCGAAAGUUACCAUAUUUGUACAUAUACUAUACCCUCUCCUUGCUCCAAGUUACCGUCGUAUAUCCAACAUGGCCCUGUGAAUAGAUUAAUAAGUGCCAUUAUUUUACAAUUGAUUGACUAACCGUCCUCAGGUUAAACCAGUAUACAGUCAGGGUUACCAGAGUUAGAGCCAUAGCAAAAAAGGUAACCUUAAUAGGUUAAGUUCUGAUUUAAUUUGAGAACGUACUUUUCCAACCACAUGUACAGUGUAUAUGCAUCUAAUAUCACAAAAGCAAAAGGCAAACAAAAUGUAAAUUUGAAUAUUUUUAAUGAGAAUUUCGAUCACGAUAAAAGGUUCUUUUAUAGCUUCAUAGACUCAUUGAAAGCGUAGAGGCUACUCGCCAAUCUACUGGGCCACUUAUGGCCUGUUGUGUUAUGACCAAUUAGUGAAUAUCCCAGGUUGCCUUUGCUAAUUGUAUUUUAUUAUUAUUUUUUAUUGGCGACGAUUGAUGUUUUAAAUCUCCAUGCCAGAAUUUUUUCUUUUUAUAGAUUGUAUAUGGAUAAUCCAUAAUAUUUUUUGGAGUAUUUACUUCUACUUAUUUUAAUGAUAAAAAGACGAUGUUUUUUUUAUUUAUUACCUCAAUACGGAAUUGACCAUAGUUUACAUAACUUAAUUCUUAUAAUUUCGCUGUAAUGCCUAAAAAGCCCAGGAACAUAUUUACGUUCUUUUGCUUUUGACAUGACAUUACUUUCAGCCUAUUCAAUGGCUCAAAAUAUCGGAAAGAGCAAACCCCUAUGAAAAGGUUUCUAUGAAUGAAAUCACAAGUUUUAGCU